UAAUAUUUCACUGAAAAUGUAAUUUAAUAUAUUCAUGAUUUGAAUUGUAUUACAGGAGGCGCCCAGUGGUGUUGUACGGGAGGACACAUUCAAACUAAUUUAUGCACAAUUCUUCCCGAAAGGUGCUGACACUAACCAAUACGCUCACUAUGUGUUCAAUACUUUUGACCCUGAUAAAACUGGUGCCAUCACUUUCACUGACUUUGUGAUAGGACUGUCAGUAUUGGCCAGGGGUACGGUUCAGGACAAACUUCGCUGGACUUUCAGUCUCUACGAUAUUAAUAACGACGGAAUGAUUACCAAAGACGAGUUGUCGCGUAUUAUUUCAGCCAUUUAUGAUUUGAUGGGAAAGUCAGUGGAGCCCAUGAUUGAAGAAAACACAUCUAGAGAUCACGUCGAGAGAGUGUUUCAAAAACUGGACCUCAAUAAGGAUGGAUUUGUAACAGUCGAUCAAUUCCUUGACUCUUGUCUUAAAGUGAGUUCCGUUUUAUUGGAUGAGACAAUAACGCGUUCACUUGAAGUAUUCAAUACAAUGCUGUGAUUAAUAGGAGAUACCAAUAGUUAAAUGGAUGGCGAACUCGGGUUCUGUGAGGCAUCACAUCAUUAUUGUAGAGACAAACCACUCUAUGUUUAGAAAUGAGAUGAAUGUUUGAUAUUUAACUAAAUAUAUAUUAAGUUUUGCUCACAGAAUAUAUAUUGUAUAAUGUUUUGGGAACGACUGAUCCGUUGAACAAAUAAUAACUAUAAAUGAAUUGAUUUUGCUUUUGAUAUAAUGAAUGAUAUAUUGAUUGCGAAGACUGAGAGACAACGGCUGAUAAGUCACAGAAUCAGAUGCGAAACCAAAGCAUAAACGCAUAAAAAGGCCAUAUUUUUGUGUAAUUUGAUGAUCGAUUACAUGAACUGUUCAUUUGAUUACAUCUUACAAAUCCGAUUAAAUAAAUGUUUGGAUUUAUGCAAAAAUAAAACGAUAAGACAAUCCAAAUCCGUGUCAUUUUGGGAACAGAAUCAAUGAUUCGGACCAUCGAUUCCAUGAUAAUACUCUCGAUUUGUCAAAUGCGGGCAUUCCUUCCGGACCACAGAAUCACUCAAGAAUUGGCUCUCAAUAUAUCUAUUGAUAUUCUAUGAGAGGAAACCAUUAAUAUCUAUGAAUAAAAAUGGAUUUUUAAAAAUAU